AUGCUCCGCUACCUAUGCAUCUUGAACGAGCUGGGAGCUCCGUUAGUAGAGAAGCGCUGGAGUGCUCUUUACGAGUGGAAUGGUUCCUCUCGCGACGUGAUCCAGGAGUUCUGGGAGCUCAUCCAAGAGCAACCCCAGCGGCGUUCUGAUGCCGCCGGCACUCUCCCGUGGUCAGAGCGAAAAGGUUUCAGAGAAGCAGGCAGCAGGGCGAGCGGUUUCUUCUGCUACCGAGAGGUCAACGGCCUGUGGUUUCUCGCAGGUGUCGAUGAGUACCCUCCGGUCUCAGCGCGAGAGUGGCUCUCUGCUGCGCUUGUUCUGGAUUCGCUCGAUCGCCACCUCCUUCCGCUCCUCAAGGAGUGCAGCAGGGGUCAUCUGAGUGCGCAGUGGCUUCGCGAACACUUUGUCGCAGUAUACGAACUGCUGGAGGAGAUGCAUCCACGAGGUCUGCCGCUAGUCACGGAACCCAGUGUAUUGCUCCAGCUGGUGACUUUUCCCAGUUCCCUCGAACAGAUCAUGGUGAACGUUGCUGGCGCCCUGGAUACUCGCCUUGGUCUGGAUCGCUGGACGUCCAUGAACCAUUCUAUAUCGCUACGAGGCGCAGUCGCUUCGCAGGUUCGAUCAGUGCCAACGGAGCGCCCCGGUCCGACUGGGAUCAUGGCAUCGGCAGCGUCAACGCUAUGGCAAAAUCUAUACCGAACAACCAGCUCUGCGAGACGCUCCCUACCAAGGCCCUUCGAGCGAGUUUCCGGGACGCAUUCGGAUGCUGUCGCUAUCCAGAGCAGCGCUUCCGCUGCGCAACGCCAAAGCGCCAAUACCGUUGCAGGUCAUGCUUCGGUGCUGGAUACUCGCCGAGGCAUUGCACCUCAGUGCGAACCGCGGGCUCCCUGGCGACCUACUCGAGUUCAGCACGCAACCGAAGAGUUUCUUGUGGAUAUUGUCGAGACCCUGUCCGCAACUGUGUCUGGCGAGCAGGGGACUCCUGUAGAAUGGGCGGUGCGCGGUGCCCUCGAGUGCCAGUCCCGGUUGUCGGGUUGUCCGCAGCUUGAGAUGCAACUACAGUGCCACCAGGUUGGCGAGCGUGAAAUGGCGUUUCACGAGUGCGCCCUUCGGUCGGAGCGAAACACCUCGGGGUCUGCGCUGACCAUGUCGUUCAUCCCGCCGGAUGGAUCCUUUCGGCUAGCGUCAUACUGGCUCUGGCGCUUGAUCCCGCAUUCAGGUACACAUGUGGCGGUGAACGAUUCAAGCAGUGUGUUUCCGCUGGAGGUGAUCCUCCGAGGCGGCACCCAGACAUCCGAACAGGGAUGUUUUAUUCGGGUCGUGGCCUCUAUAAAGCUGCACAUGUUGGGUUCGGUCACGCUGGAGCAUCUGCAGUUGCGCGUCUACCUGCGAAUGCUGACGCCCACUGCGAGCGCAAGGCGCGGUUCAUCAUUCAGAGCACCGGCAUCACAUCAAUUGUACAGUAAUAUCGGUUCGGUAUCGUGGGAUGUGUCAUCUUUGUGCCUGAGCUGGAGCAUUGCGAAGCUGGAUACCGUUCGAGUAGCUCACAUGGAAAGCGUCCUGCAUGCUGAUGGUGUGCCUUUCGGGGAAUCUAUAUCCGUGACCCAUGCGGAUCUGAUUUUUGCACCCUUCGCGUAUAGUCUAAGCGGUCUUCGCAUCGAACGUCUGAUCAUUGCAAACGAGCACCAGCCGGCUUUCAAAGGAAUGCGGCAUGUACUACGCUGCGGUGUGAUUCAGGUUCUGCCAGGGAAACUUACUGACACUGAUCGGUCACGUCGGGCCAGCUGA